GGCGAUUUGAGCUUCCAAAAUCAUAUCUGUGUAUCGGCAGGUCAGAAGAGAAGGGAAUCGGAUUUCCCCCAGACGUCAGCGUAUAUUUCUGAAGGAGAGGGGAAGUCAGCUGAUAUAAAAGGUCAUGUGACAGGGAAGGAGAUAGCAGUGUGGACAUGGCGUGCACACAGCUACUGCUGCUCCUGACCUGUCUCUGGUUGUCAGGGAGCCAUGCUUUCACACAUAGGAGGUUUGGAGGGAAACCUGAAGUGCUGGUCAUGGUACAGGAUCGCUGGUUUACACAAAGGCUGGAUCACUUUGAUGGGGCGGACACCAGAGUUUGGCAGCAGAGAUAUUUCAUGAAUGACUCCUUCACCCAGAGCGGAGGUCCUGUGUUCCUGAUGAUCGGAGGAGAAGGUGCCGCUAAUCCGGCUUGGAUGACACAGGGCACUUGGAUGAUGUAUGCUGAGAAGAUGGGGGCCCUCUGUUUACUACUGGAGCACAGAUUUUAUGGCAAAAGUCACCCUACUAAGGAUAUGAGUGUGGAGAAUUUACGUUACCUGAGCAGUCAGCAAGCCUUGGCAGAUCUUGCCCAUUUCCAGACAGUAAUGACUGAGAAACUGGGACUAGGUAACAGAAAAUGGAUUGUGUUUGGUGGGUCCUAUCCUGGGUGUCUUGCAGCAUGGUAUCGAAUAAAGUACCCUCACUUGGCCCAUGCAGCUGUUGCUAGCAGUGCACCUGUUAAAGCUGUUCUCAAUUUCUCAGAAUACCUGGAAGUUGUUCAGGAUUCGUUGUCAAGAAAUCACUCUGGCUGCCCUGAGACAAUAAAGAUUGCCUUUGACACAUUGCUGGAGCUCUUGGAUUACAAGGAGAAUUAUAUAAAAAUAACCAAAGAUUUUUAUCUAUGUGAACUCCUGGUUAUAAGCUCAGAAAUGGACAGGGCUUUCCUUCUUGACACUAUAUCUGAGUAUAUAAUGGACAUAGUUCAGUAUAACAAUGACAACCGAGAGUUUGAGGGUGUAAAGGGCGGAAAUAAGACUAUCCAGGUGGUGUGUGACAUUAUGUCCAAUGAAUCAAUUGGUUCUCCAUAUGACAGAUAUGCGGAAGUUAUCCGGAGCAUUCUGAAAGCCCGAGAGGAAAAGUGCAUUGAAGCAAGUUACCAUCAAUUUCUGCAAGACAUGAGUGACAUCCGCUGGGAAGGGUCAGCUUCAUCAGGAGGUAGACAAUGGAUGUACCAGACGUGCACAGAAUUUGGAUAUUUUCAGUCUUCAGAUUCCAUUUCACAACCGUUUUCUGGGUUUCCUUUAAGUUACCAUGUUCAGCAAUGUACUGACGUAUAUGGGAAGGGUUUCACUUUACCUGUGGUCAAUGGGGCAGUUGAGCAAACUAAUGAAAAUUAUGGAGGUCUCAAUGUCCAAAGCAGCAGAAUCAUUUUUCCAAAUGGCUUGAUUGAUCCAUGGCAUGCGCUGGGGAUCAAGAUGAAUCUUAGCAGCGAUCUCAUCGCCUUCCCAAUGCAAGAUGCUGCUCACUGUGCAGACAUGUAUCCGUCCCGUCCCGAGGAGCCUCCAGCAUUACCUGCAGUAAGAGGAAAGAUAUUUGAGUAUCUUAAAGAAUGGUUACAAUUAUAAUCCAUAUACAGGAGAUCCAAAAUGUAUGUUCUGCUUAUGUUAUUCUGAUAAAGUCAAUGGAAAGAUAUCUUUGUUUUGCCUUUUUGUGUUAAUCAGAUCAGCAAACUACAACUUACAACAUAACCUGCCAAACUUUUCCAUGCUGGGAGCUGUAGUUUGCCUACAUCUGGAGAGCCACAGGUUGCCUUAGAUAAUACAGAAUAUCAUGGUAUUGGAAUGUCUGGAACAUUCUGGAGACCAGGCAGAUGGCUUUCAAAUUUUUGGAUAAUUUCUCUGUCAAUAUGACCACACAGCAUGUGGCUUUAUUUCACUGUUUGUAUAAACUCCUUGGUUUUUGAUCCUGGCGCAAAUCUUGUUUAGUUAGAGCUCCAAUAAACUUGC